AUGUGCUGGCACAAAUGGAUACCAGUCACCCCGCAAGGGUGCAAGGCUUUGAAUCCUCAUAUCAUGAUGCACAAAGAAACGAUCUACUGCAAUACUGUGAUUGACACCGCUAUCAAACUAUCCCAGCCGAACUACUUUCUAGACGAAGACGAGAGGGAACAGCGGCGUGACAACACCCGUUUCAGACUCCAAGCGUGUCCUCAUGAAGAUUCCAAGAUUGUCGACUCGUUUAACCGCAGAAUCGAGGUCAAGCCGCUCCAGGUGGUCAAUCCCCGCUGCCCCAAGAAAAAGAUACACCAGGCCGAGAAUGGCCUCUUCGACACCGAUUCAGUCGAAGACGAGCAUAGCAGCGAAACGUGCCUCCAGUGCCGGUACCCCUUGAGGUAUCCUUUCACGUAUCCCCUGCCUUGCUUACCGCCGCCGCCGCCGCUCUUCUCCAGAGAUCUGUUGGACACCGAAGUCAGUAUUCCUAUGUUUCGCGGAAUGAUCGAAGCGCAGUCAUGCCUUCCCAAGAUCUGGCAGAUGACUCCACAGGGAAUAGUUUCCGGCAUGAUCACUCCUGCUAUCGAGGGGGUCGAUGACUCGGAGGACGAGUAUGAAGUUGCCGACCUCGGAUGUGUUGGGCUGGGGUUUCCAGUUUCCAGGACUGCAAGUCCUCCGUUCGUGAAUCCUCUUCACGGACUGAUCCAGAGAACGGAUGAUGAGUGGCCGGACAACUACCAGGGGGCCUAA